AGUUGGGUGAUGAUGGUGUUGAUGGGUGUAGUUUAGUUCAGCGAUGUUUCUGUGUAGUUGGGUGAUGAUGGUGUUGAUGGGUGGAGUUUAAUUCAGUGAUGUUUCUGUGUAGUUGGGUGAUGAUGGUGUUGAUGGGUGGAGUUUAGUUCCGUGUGUCAGACUGAAGCAGCAGCAGCUCGCGGAGGUUCAGUCGGAUUCACUGCUCAAACUCGCUUUGACUGUCGCGGACUUUCUCAGAUGAGUUUGUUUUCACUCUGAGUACUAGUCUGGAGGACUAGUUUAGCGAUGUCCUGCUCGCGCGCUCAGCGGUAAGUUUGUGUGAUGAUGUGAAGGCGAUUAUCAGCGGAGGAUCGAGGAUCGAGCUGCGGGAGGAUGAAUGUAUUUCUCCGGCUCGGAUUCUCAUUUCUGCUGCUCUUCUGCGCGCCUGUUUCUGCUCAAGGUCCAGAAUGUGGAGCUGGAUGUCAUCAACACCAUGGCUUCUGUGAGCAGUCUGGAGAAUGCAGGUGCAGAGUAGGUUGGCGAGGCUCGGUGUGUGAUCAGUGCGUUCCUUCACCUGACUGUGUUCACGGAGUGUGUGAAGAACCCGGGCAGUGUGUCUGUGAGCGCGGCUGGACGGGCGCUCGCUGCGAUCGAGAGGUUCACCAGUGUUCAUCAAAGCCCUGCUCGGGAAACUCUACCUGUGUGGAGACCGGAGGAGCAGGAGGAGGAGGUUUUGUCUGCCUCUGUUCUCCUGGAUACACUGGGGAAAACUGCCAGCUGAAGAAAGGACCGUGUUCAGUGAACGGCUCUCGCUGUCAGAACGGAGGAACCUGUGUGAACACGAGUGGUUUUGACAGCCGUUCCUUCUGCCUCUGUCCACCUGGAUUCACUGGCUCUGUCUGUGAGAUAGAGCUUGACGUCUGCGAGCCCAAUCCGUGUGUGAACGGCGGCAGAUGCGUCCGUCGUGACCCGAGUUACACCUGCGUCUGUCCGCCGGCCUUCUCCGGGCCGGUUUGCGACGUCAGUCUCUCUGCGUGUUCCAGCGAUCGCUGCGUGAACGGAGGCACCUGCUUCAACGACACACUCGGCCGGAUCCGCUGCGUCUGCCCGCCCAGAUUCACCGGCCCGUCCUGUGAACUCCAUAUCAGCAAGCUGAAGCCCAAACCCCGAGCGAGAGGGGUAGGUCCGGGUCACUAUGCCGCAGCAGCUCACGCUUUCCACAAGCUGCUGCGUCCACCCGAGCGUGAGCCACUCCAGCCGUCCGGUCCACUGGUCACUCGCAGCCAGAUCAUCUGCUUCACCGUUCUGGGUCUCCUCACCUGUCUGGUGGUCCUGGUCACGACGGGCAUCAUCUUCUUUAACCGCUGUGAGACGUGGAUGGCUAACGCUAAGUACAGCCAGCUGGUGCGGCAGCAAAGGGAUCUGCUCCUGAGAGCGUCUGACCGCGAGCAGCAUUCGCUCAACAUCAUCCUGCCGGAGAAAAUCAAGCUGAGCAACUACAGCAGGCAUUACACGUCCAUAUGAAGCGGAUCCGAGACCGAGAGGUUUGGUGCUUUAGUCUCUCGAGAAAAACAGCUGUAGGAUUCCAUGGUUUUUAUUGUUGGAAUACAUGCAUAUAUUAAGCAGACAACACUCACGGCUCUCUCUCAUUCAGAAGGCCGGUGAAAUUAAUGGUUUUCACUUAUCUCUAGUUACCAUCAGUGCGUGCGUUCAGUGAAACAGCACCAGUGCGUCUCAUGACCUGGUUUCAAGGUGGUGAGUGGAUGAACGGUUCACCACGGUGUGAGAGAGACUCAAGAGCUGCCCGUUAUCAUCAUGUCUUCAUCACCUGAGCAUUUCGUAAUGGUUACUUUUCAUGCACAUAUUUACAUGGGAACAAAUGAUUAAUGUAGCCCUAAAUAAACCUUUGUUUCCAACUCCA